AUGAAUUUUUAUGCAAAAAGUUUAAAAAAUUUUCAUUUUCAUUUGCUUAAACAAUAUCUUUUUAAGCAUUUUGUUAAUAAUUAUCAAAUACUUGGCUUCCGUCAAGUAUCGAGUAUGACACAAAAUAAUGUAAAUAGUGAACGCAUUUUAGUUGCAUUUGAUUUUGAUUCAACAUUGUCAGUACAAUCAUCUCAUUGUCUCAUUGAACAAUUAUUAGAUAAAGAUUUACUUGGACUCGAGGAAAUUAAUGCACGUUAUAUAAAUCACCAUCGUUGUUGGAAUAAGAGAAUGUCUGAUGUCUUCAGACGAUUGUAUGAAAAUAAAGUGAGUAUAGAAACGAUAAUCGAUACAUUUCGUCAUAUUGAACUGAGUCCGGGUACUCUUGAUUUAUUUCACAAUUUGUAUACAAAUCAACAUCAUAUUGUUAUUAUUUCGGAUUCAUGUGAUUUAUUGAUUGAAGAAUGUUUUCGUAAAAACAAUUUAUUGAAUUAUGUACACGCUAUUGAAAGUAAUUCGAUGAAAAAUAAUGGAAUGGGUAUGUUUUUUAUCGAAGAAUAUGAGAAACCAUUGCAAACAGAAUGUAAUAUAUUGUGUCCAGGAAAUAUGUGUAAAGGAUUAGUUAUUCAACGUUAUAGAAACACCAAUAAAUAUAAAAAAAUAAUAUUUGUUGGAGAUGGUGACAAUGAUGUUUGUCCAGCAUUAAAACUUCAACAUAAUGAUUAUGUCUUUGCCAAACGUAAUCCUGAUGAAAAAAUUGUCUAUCCACUCUAUGAUUUAUUGAAAAAUUCUUAUUCGAAUCAACUAAAGAGUCAAUUAUAUCUUUGGAAUAAUAUGAAUGAUGUUCAAAAUAUUCUAAAAAUGAAAAAUAUUAUCUGA